AUGGGUCGCACACUUCUUCUCAUAGUCACAAUUCCACUUCUCGCCACUUGUCAUGUGCUAUCGCGAUUGGCCGAUUUUCAAGAUAUCGUACGCCAACGAAAAAAUGGAAACAAUAUUGCUCAGUGUCCAUGUGUAAUCCAUGCUGAAAGUGGACGGUGUAUCGUUUACAACUCGCGCUAUCAAGCCGCCAAUGUUGAAGAAGCUAUGCUGGCGUUCCAUGACCUGACGUCUCGUCAUGAACCUGCACCUGAGCGAGACGCUGUGACGUUGUCAUGCAGAACACUGGAAUGCCAGCACUGCUUUGGUUUGCUCUACUAUCGUUUGCUUGACCUUGGCUUGAUCGAUUCCGAUUUCCGACCAGUCACGCCGGUACUGGAACGCAGUGCACUCCGGCCGUCGUUAUGCCCUCGUUAUAGGUUUCUUCUAGAUCCAAAGGUACCACCUGUACCAGCAAAUACUCCUCCUUACGUUCAAUCCACCAUCGAAGCAGGCUUGCGAAAUGCAGGCAAGCUACCACAGGACUGGCAGAGUAGGUUCGAUCAGCAGUUUGGAUCGCAAACCACUCAACAAAGAGGCUCCACAAGUAAUGGUGAAUUUUUUCACCGCUGUGCUAUAAGACCGAGACCAUGUCGAGGCUGGGAGUGGAAUCCACAGUCGCGGCAUUGGGAGCAAUCCCCAAUUCCGGGGAUUAAUGGAGAUGGAUCGAACAGUGACUCCAAUCAACAACUCGGAUCGCAACCUGGAGAGCUUAAUGGUCAGCAGUACGUGGAAGGACGUUUCACCUUCCAAGAGAGCCGACGUCAAGGACAAUGGCAGUCCCCUCGUGGAUCUGUGAGUAGCAAUCGUUAA